AUGAAUUUUGAAGAAUUACCCAAUGAAUUAAUAAUUUCUAUGUUUGAAUAUCUUUAUCCGAUUGAUUUAUUCCAAACAUUCUAUGGUUUAAAUAUUCGCAUUAAUCAACUUAUCUCGAAUAAUUUCAAAAUUUGUGAAAUCAACCUUCAAUCGAUAAGAAAACAAGUCUUCUUUAUAAUUUGCUCUUCUUUUCCAUCCAUCCACGAUAAAAUCACUUCUCUGAUAUUGUCCGGUAAUGACGAAACCCCAAAUCUUCCAGAAUUAUUUCUGCAAAAUGGUUUUACAUUGACUGGCUUUACUCGAUUAAAAUCUUUGACAUUGGAUUCGAUAAAUUCCUUUGAAAUUCUCCAAUUAUUUCUAUCUCAAUGUCACUUUCUUUCAAACCUUCAAAUCUUCAAUUGCAAGAAACUCCACGAAGAAGAACAAAUCUUAUCAAUCUUGGAAUUCAUUUGGCAUUUGUCAAAUUUAAAAAGUGUCCGUCUAAAAGACAGUUUACACUUUGGUAAGAUGUUCAAAUAUAUAACAAAUAUUUCAUCCUCAAUUGAAACUUUACUUUUUGAUAAUGUUAUUCAACUUGAUUUCGAUGGAUUUAUCAAUUUAAUUCAUCAUUCGGUUAAACUUCAACAGAUUUGUAUGACUAUGGAAAGUAGUCAUUCGUAUUUACGAAUAACGGAACGAUUUUCUUCGAUAAUCUCCCUAAAACUUCUUCACAAAGGUAUUCGAUAUGGAUUAAUCAACUUCUUGAAAGCAUUUCCGAAUUUAAUUGAUUUAUCUGUCGAAACCGAGGGAACAUUUAUAGAUGGAUACCAAUGGGAAGAUUUAAUUCAUCAUUCGUUACUCAAUUUAGAAAGAUUUCAAUUCCAAAUGAAUGUUUUACUUUUACGUAUUGACGAUGCUGAUGUUGAACAAAGAAUUGAUGAACUUUUAAAUACUUUUCGAAGUCUGUUUUGGCUUGAGGAACGUCAAUGGUUCGUUCGAUGUCGAUGGACACAAUCUUCUGAUCAAAUUCAAACUACUUUUUAUAGUUUACCGUACAGCUUUGAAAAAUUCGUCGCGUAUGAAAAAUCAAAAUCGACUUGUCUUAAUCAAGAUGAGUUUUGUUCAUAUGAUCAGGUGAAUAUGUUGACUUACAAUGAUUCGAUCAAUGGAUUAUUUUCUCUUGCGAACAACUCGCAAGUUUGUUUUUCGAAGAUACAACAAUUAGCCAUUGAAUAUCCGUUUAAGGAACAUAUCUGGUCGUUUAUUCCAACGUUGAAUAUGUUGAAAUCACUUCAUGUGCGAUUUCAGGACAAAAUUCAUUCUGUUCUUUUCCAAUCAUUAUUAGACAAAUCACCAAAUCUGUAUGAGUUGUCGAUUCAAUCGAAGAUUCCUUUGGAAAAUGCAUUUGUUC